AUGCGCGGCCUGCAGGACAGCAUGCCCAGCUCCCCCCUUAAAAGCGAUGAGGAGCUUGAAAGUGCCUCCCUCUUGCGAGACGUUUCGACUCCAGAGCUUGAGAAAAGUCGAUCGUUUCUUGGAUAUUCCGAAGAUGCCGAAACCCAUAUUGGAGAGCUUCGGGAGGGCCAUGUGAGGAACAAUGCAUCAUGGUUCUCACUCGCCCGCUGUACAAUAUUUGCAAUUCUGUCAUUUAUUUCAGUCUCUUAUUAUUUUUGGUUUAUAAUUCCUAACGGACCAUCUGAAAGCGUUCCUCCGCGUCCUGUGACAACUUCGAUUUGCGAGAGCCCCGAAUGUGUACACGCCGCAUCUGAGAUUCUCUAUAACCUUGACCCGAAUUAUGAUCAAAUUAAUCCCUGCACCGAUUUCGAUCAGUAUGUCUGCGGGGGGUGGAGAGAACGGCAUGACAUGCGCCCUGACCAGGGUGCCAUAUUUGCUGGAACUAUGAUGAGUGAAACUGCGCAGACGCGCCUUCGCCACUUGCUUAGCUCCUCAAAACCUUCGGAGCCGGCUGAUUCAAACAAUUUUGAGAAAUUGAAGGCAGCAUACACUGCCUGUAUGGACGAGACGACAGUCACUAAGUGGGGAAGCAAACCGCUUGAUAAUAUGCUGGCCGAGUUCGAGAAGAUAUAUAGCCGAGAUUCAACCUCUCUUAGAGGAUCGAAUACCGACCUAACAAAAGCAAUACUCUACCUCAUGGAAUCCGGUGUCGAGGCCCUGUCUGACGAUCGUGACCCGGACUCGGUCGCAAUAUUUGUGAAUCCCCUUGGUGAAAUCGGACUUCCAGCAAGGGAAUACUAUAACAAUACGGAAACUGUCAAAGAAUACACUACAGUAGUGGAGAACGUGCUUGGAGAAUUUACCGCUGGUAGCGGGACAAAGUACCACCUGCGUGACGUCGUUGCUUUCGAAGCAAAAAUAGCAGAUAUUACCCCGGACACACAAAGUCAAGAAGAUGUGACCAAGUCCUAUAACCCGCGGACCAUUGAGGAGACACAAUCUCUCCUCCCACAGAUCUCCAUGUCAGACAUAAUAUCAGCUCUGGCACCAUCGGGCUAUAGAGGUGACCGCUUGAUAGUGGGCUCUCCGUCCUAUAUGGAAGCAUUAUCAUCCAUUUUAAGCGAUACCCCAAGGGAGGUUAUUAAUCUUUAUUUCAACUGGAAAAUUAUACAGACCUACGCAGAUGAAAUAGAAGACGCGAAAACCCAGCCUCUUCGUGAAUUUAACAAUAGGCUUGCAGGAAAGGACCCGCAGGCCACAGAAGAAAGAUGGCGAAAAUGCAUUAAGUCCCUGGACGAUAACCUUGGCUGGACAUUGAGCCGAUUUUACGUUCUCGAUUCAUUCUCGGAAGCGUCAAAGGAACUUGGUGAUCAGAUAGUGUCAGACAUCAAGGAGCGUUUCGUGUAUACCUUACGUCAGACAAGCUGGAUGCCCUCCGAAGUGAGAGAUCUGGCGAUCAAGAAAGUUGGGAAUAUUGUUCAGAAGAUUGGCUAUCCCACGAAAAGCCCUAAUGUGAUGGAUCCAGCAGACGUGGAGAAAUACUAUCAGCACCUGAAGGUAUCCAACGAAACUUUCUUCGAGAAUACAGUUGCCGCCGCAAAGUUUGACCUACACAAUGAAUGGUCGAAGCUAGGAAAGCCGACAGAUAAAAAUGAAUGGAGCAUGACUGCGCCCACUGUAAAUGCAUAUUACAACCCUCCUGGCAAUGAGAUCGUUUUCCCUGCCGGGAUUAUGCAACCACCAGCAUUUUACGGGCCGUCUGCUCCUUUAUACCUGGCUUAUGGAGCGUUUGGAGCUGUCAGUGGACAUGAGCUAUCACAUGCAUUUGAUUCGACGGGUAGACACUACGACGAGACUGGAAACUAUACUGAUUGGUGGGAUGACAAGACGGUCGACGCGUUCGAAGAACGAGCCCAGUGUUUCGUCGACCAGUACUCGGAAUUCACCGCUCCUGAACAGGAUUCAGAGCCCCUUCACGUCAACGGACGUCUUACCCUUGGUGAGAAUAUCGCGGAUGCUGGAGGCAUUGGUGCGGCAUAUCACGCUUGGAAAAAGCAUGAGCAGGUCUCCCCGGAUUCUCAGCUACCUGGUCUUUCGAAGUUUACCAAGGAGCAGCUCUUCUUCAUUUCAUAUGCCAACUGGUGGUGUAGUAAGACUACUGCAGAAGCCGCUCGAAAGGCUAUCUACAGCGACCCACAUGCCCCCAAACCAGCAAGGAUUAUUGGAACGAUGGAAAACUCUCGAGAAUUCAAGGAAGCGUUUAACUGCCCGACGAAGAAGCCCGUCUGCAAGCUCUGGUAG